AUGGAAAAUGGCAAUGUACAAUUCGGUGACAGUGACCAAGAGCAUUCUAGCGGCUCAGAUGAGUUCGAGUGGUCGGUGAUGGAGAUGGUGGAAGGGUCGAACAAGUUCGAAAAAGAGGGUUACUCUCUGAUGAAGGGAAUGGGCAUUAGAAAAUUCAUCAUGAGCGAGACUUUCACAAUGAGAGGGUAUGAUGGGCCAUAUACUUCUUCCCCGAAGGAAUCGACACUGAACAUAGGGGGUUUAAGCAGUUUUUCAAACGAAGACACCAUAAAAGUUCCUGAGUCUGAUAUCGGGGCACAUUUUGGACUGCUGUUAGAGAAUGAAGAGUAUCUGAUGUUACUUUCUCAGUUGGUGAAGAAAGGCUCCAUGCACAUAUGCUUGUUUUGGGUGCUUGGUCAACUGCAUAUGUUUGAAACUGAAUUUUUCAAUGGAACGGAGAAGGAUGAUCCUGGUGACAUAGUUGUUAAUGACAUGGAACCUAAGGCUUUGCUUGACUCUACUUAG